AUGGCUCCCGUUACAGGAAUUGCCUGCUCGCACGCAGUGUCGCUACGUCUGGGCUCGUCCGCAGCCGCCUCCUCGUCGUCGUCUUUCUGCACAGGCGAGCCUCGUCAAACCGCUCGCAUCGCGUCACGUAGAAACCGAGGGAAUGGCGCCGCUAGGAAAGGUCGUCUGGUGGCCAUGGCUGGUAGACAAGAUGACUCAGGAAGCAAUAAGGAUGUGGCGGGUGCGGGGAUGACGUGGGUGAGCCCUGAUUGGCUGACGUCAUUGUUCGAGAAGCUGCGCGGCCCGGACGACUCGGGCAUUCCCGUGGCGGACGCGAAGCUGGACGACGUGAAGGACCUGCUGGGCGGCGCGCUCUUCCUGCCGCUCUUCAAGUGGAUGCUCGAGUCCGGCCCCGUCUAUCGUGAUAUGCCUCGAGUCCGGCCCCGUCUACCGGUGAGUCAUAUGCUCGAGUCCGGCCCCGUCUACCGGCUGGCGGCGGGGCCGCGCAACUUCGUGAUAAUCGGCGAGCCGGAGGCGGCGAAGCACGUGCUGCGGGGGUACGGGUCGAUAUACGCCAAGGGGCUCGUGGCGGAGGUGGCGGAGUUCCUCUUCGGCUCGGGCUUCGCCAUCGCCGAAGGCGACCUCUGGACCGCGCGGCGGCGCGCAGUGGGGCCGUCGCUGCACCGGCGGUAUCUGGAGACGAUGGUGGCGACGGUGUUCGCCAGCAGCACGCAGCACCUGGUCGACAAGCUGCGCGGCAGCGCGGCGCGCGGCGAGGAGGUGAACAUGGAGGCGAUGUUCUCUCAGCUGACGCUGGACGUGAUCGGACUGGCCGUGUUCAACUUCCAGUUCGACUCGCUCUCCACCGACUCCCCGCUCAUCCAGGCCGUCUACACCGCGCUCAAGGAAACCGAGUCGCGCUCCACCGACAUCCUCCCCUACUGGCAGGUGCGCGCGCGCAUUGCGGUACAGACAGGUGAGGCGGUUGGCGGUUGGUGCUGUGAACCCGAAGUGCCACUGCUGUGCGCGAUAGUGCCGCGGCAGCGCAAGGCGGCGGAGGCGGUGAGGGUGAUCCGCGAGACAGUGGAGGAGCUGGUGGCGCAGUGCAAGCGCAUGGUGGAGGCGGAGAACGAGCGGCGGGGGGACGACGAGGAGUACGUCAACGAGAGCGACCCCUCCAUCCUGCGCUUCCUCCUCGCCUCAAGGGAAGAGGUGUCGAGCGUGCAGCUACGGGACGACCUGCUGUCCAUGCUGGUGGCGGGCCAUGAGACCACGGGCUCCGUGCUCACCUGGACCCACCCAGAGAAGAUGGCCAAGGCACAGGAGGAGGCGGAGAGGGUUCUCGCUGGGAAGAGCCAUCCGAGCCUGGCGGACACGAGGGAGCUCAAGUACCUCACGCGCUGCAUCAACGAGUCCAUGCGCCUCUACCCCCACCCCCCGGUCAGUGCUAUCUAUGUGAUUGGGGCUUCUCGGUCUGUGCAUUGCGAGGAGGCACAACGCAAGCACCUCUACGCUGCACUGCACCACCCAACGGCUCCUUGCACCACUCUGCACUCCUUCACACCCGCCCUCCUGGUCACUGCAUACAAUAUUCUGAUCCGGAGGGCGGUGGUGGCUGAUGUGCUACCGGGGGGGUACAAGGUGCAGCCGGGGCAGGACAUGAUGAUCUCCGUCUACAACAUCCACCACUCGCCGCAGGUGCCUACGUGCACACAUGCCUCUCUCUCACUCCCUCUUCAUCCAACCCCUUUCAUCUCUGCACCCUGGCCUCAUUCCCUUCACCUGCAAUCGCAUUCCCUGAUCCCAUUUGAGGUGUGGGAGCGCGCGGAUGAGUUCAUGCCGGAGCGGUUUGACCUCGAUGCGCCCGUGCCCAACGAGGUCAACACCGACUACAGGUACAUUCCGUUCAGCGGCGGCCCGCGCAAGUGCAUAGGGGACCAGUUUGCGAUGCUGGAGGCCAUCUGUGCACUGUCGGUGCUCGUCCGCGAGUUUGACUUCGCGCUCGUGCCCAACCAGGACAUCAGCAUGACCACCGGCGCCACCAUCCAUACCAAGAACAAUCUGUUCGUAACGCGAGCCCCCCUCGUCAUGGCGGGUGAACGAGAGGGCGUGCCGUCGGAUUUGGAGCAGCGGCUGCAGCGCGCGUGGAUGCACGUGCAGCUCAAGACGUGCCGCAUCGUGCAAGAUCAUCCGUGCGGCGGCCACCAAGGAGCGCACACGCACUCGCACGGCGGCAACACGCGCGGCGGCGGUCAGCAGCAGCCGUCGCUACCGCCGCCGCAACGCACGGCGCGGGAUCUGACGGCGACGCUGCAGCAGCUGUGGGGCAACACGCAGGAGCCGCUCGUUCCGCCCUCCGACCCCCGCCAACCCGCCCCGCAGCCGCGCCCUCCGCCGCAGCCGAUUUCUUAUCCCUGCUCCCUUCCGCCCGCCACCUCUGGCGCCUCGUCGCAGGGCAAUCGCACAACGUCGCCUGGGCCGUCCGCUAGCUCGUCCUCGUCGCACUCCAAUGGCCUUACGCCACUUCAGCAACCGCAGGCGGCGGCCGUGCCGCUAAACUCCGCGGGCCAGCCCUGCCAGCAGCUCUCCCCCUCCCCCUCCACCUCCGGCGGCCAGCCCAGCCCCGGCGGCUCCCCCGCACCGUGCCCCUUCGUGCCGGGGCAGGCGGGCGGCGGCGGCGUGUGGCCGCGGCACGGGCCGAACUCGGUGGCGGAGCAGUUGCGCGAGCUGAGCGCGGCGGAGUGGAUGGCGCGCGUGCAGCAGGUGGAGCCGGUGGCGCUGGGCGCGGAGUACAUGGAGGCGGACUUCUUCCGCGGACUGGACGAGCUCACCUUCGCCUUCGACGAGAUGGAGUCGCUGCUCCCCCACGAUCUCAACCCCGCCUUCCUCUCCGCUCCUCCGGGCGCCUUUCACGGCGCAUCAGGGGACGCAGGCAUGGGCAUGGGCGCGGGCAUGGGCGAGGAGGAGCUGCUGGGGAUGGCGGUGGACCGAAUGGUGCCCGCCCCCCAAGGCAUGGCGCCCGCGCAUCCCCCCACCAGUUGCGCCAGGGAUGGCUGGCAGUGCGCGGGGCAGCAGGGCGGGGGAGUUGAGGGGACGGGGAGUGCGAGGUCGGGGGAGAGCCAGGGGCGCGCGGAUAGCCAAGGGCGCGCGGAGGAACUGAUGGCGCAGAUGCAGCGGGCUGCGCUCAACAGCCCGGGCGGCUCCCAGGAGGGGUGGCAGCAGGGGGGGCAGCAGCAAGGGCAACAGCAGGGGCAGCAGCAGGGACAGGCGAUGCAGCAGUCGCAGCAUGGGGUGCAGGCGGCGGCAGGAGGAGGAGGAGCAGGCAGCAGCAGUGGCGGCACGGGCACGGGGCGGUCGGCGGUGAUUCAGAUGCUGCUGGACAUCGCCAAGGCCAUUGUGUCCGGCGACCACCACCGCGUGAGUGGUAGGCGAACGGUAGAGGGUGAGAAGGGGGGAGCAGGAGAAGGUGAGGGGGGAGAAGGUACAGGUGCGGUGCACGUGUUGGUGGAGCGCCUGACAGCGGUGGCGUCGGUGUACGGGGACGCCACACAGCGUGUGUCCGCCUACUUCCUCGAGGGGCUGCUCGCCCGCGCCUCCGGCACGGCGCCCACGGGCGCCGGCUGCCCCGGCAGUGACGGCGCGGGGGCAGCAGGCUCGCUGGGCAUCUACCGCUCCAUUGACUGCGAUGCCCCGCUGCUGCGCGCCUUUGAGGUGCUGGUGAGUGCGUCACCGUACCUGACGUUUGGGCACGUGGCAUGCAACAGCGCCAUACUGGAGGCGAUACAGGGAGCGCGCAAGGUGCACAUAGUGGACUUCGGGCUGGGUCACGCCGUGCAGUGGCCGCCACUCAUCCAGGCACUGGCAGUGCUGCCGGGGGGCCCACCGCACCUGCGCAUAACGGGCAUCGACCGCCCCUUUGUGGCCGGCAUCCACAAGGGCUACUGUCUCCGCCAGGCCGGCCAGCGCCUAAGGAAAGUGGCGCAGAGCUGGGGGGUGCCAUUCACGUUUAACUUCAUCCCCAUAAACCUGCCGGACCUGCAGCCAUCCAUGGUGCGCUGCGAGGCGGACGAGGUGCUCGUGGUGAACUGUGCGCUGCGCCUGCACAACCUCAUGGACGAGUCCGUCACGCCCUCCAACCCGCGCGCCGCCGUGCUGCGCACCAUGCGCGCGCUGGCGCCCGCGGUGACGACGCUGGUGGAGCAGAACACAAACCACAACUCGCCCUUCUUCCUCAGCCGCUUCCUCGAGGCGCUGCACUACUACGCAUCCAUCUUCGACGCCCUCGACGCGUCCGUGCCCGCGGACUCGACGGAGCGGCGGCUGUUUGAGCAGCGCGUGCUGGGGCGCGCCAUCGUGAACGUGGUGGCGUGUGAGGGGCAGGACCGCACAGAGCGCCAGGAGCCGCUGGGGCAGUGGGAGCGCCGCGUGCACCGCGCCGGGUUCGUGGGGUACCCGCUCAGCCGUGAGGUGGUGGCCACCGCCACCGCCCUGCUCUCCACGUGCGUGUGCUGGGCUUGGCUGAUCCAUGCGUGUCCGCUUGUGAUGCCACUGUUCUGUCCUGUAGUGCUCUCUCUUCUUCCUCUGCUGAGCUGCUGCCUUCCGCUCCCCCAUGGCAGGUACAAGGGCCCGUACUCGCUGUCGUCAGAACAACCCAACAGCCUCACUCUCAACUGGAAGGACCAACCACUGCUUGCCAUGUCAGCGUGGCGGCCCAAUAGCUAA